AUGUCCAACGGAUACUCGUCGUCGAGUGACGACGAAGAGUUUCGUCCAAAUGCUCAACCGAUUCAGUUGCCCCAGCACCAGCUAGAUUUGAACAGAGUGCGUCGAGAAAACGAAAGAAGGGAUAAUGCCAAAUUCACCAAAGCAACCUCGAAUUUCGCCAAAGCUGCCAAGUUCAACCCCAAAAAGAAGACCCAGUAUGGCGACUCCUAUAAUCCAAAAGACCCCAGGUUUUCUAUGGGCUCAUCGCAGCAGUCUUCGGUUGCUGGAUCCGAGGAGUCAGACGAUGAGAUGGAGAUGAUGGCCUCGGGUGGUACAGGCGCAUCCGAUCUAGAAAAUUUAGCUCGUUUCAGAUUCGAUGCCGAUGACAUCAAAAAGAGCACACCGCAACUUGGAGAUAGCGAAGAUGACGAUGAGGGCCCCGGCUAUUUCGGAGAUGAGGCUCAAAAUGCCGAUUACGCCAAUAUGAAUCCUCCUCCUGAGAACUUUUACAACACCGAGUCUUCAGACGAUGGCGAUGACGAUGAGGAAGAAAACAACGACUACGUCAACGACAACCAAAAUCCCGCCGCUGAAAAUCUCGAGCGCCCGGAUUCUUCCAGCAGAAGAUCAUCAAAAGCAUCCAAAAAGUCGAGAAGAUCUUCAGAAAGCGAGCGAGACGAGGUGCCAGCAAUGAGAAAGCACUCGAUCCACUCGAUGCAUUCGCAUCAAUCGCACGAAAGCAAAAAUAGCAAGAAUAGCGGGACAGGUGGCGGCAUCAAGAGCAUAUUCAGAAAGAUGUCGCUCGCAGACAGGUUCCCCUCCGACGAGUACAAUCAAGAUAUGAGCCACAGCGACACUUUUUUGGGCCGAGUUUUCAACAUUGGAAGUCUGGGUAUCAGCGGAGGAGGAUUGGCGCCCGGUGCUUCGAAAAAAACCAACGAGUUGCCCGAGAUUGACGAAGAGAAACGAGUUGGGUUUGCCGAGAAGGAAAACGAUCGUGAUGCUAUAGAAAUGCAACCAAUCAGCCUUGAAGAACUCAGCGAAGAAGCCAAGGCGUUGAUCGGCCAACAUUUGCCGCCGGGCCUCUUGCACUCGGCUGACCAAAGCAUGCAAAACAGCAGCGCCGACAUUUCCCCCAGCGCCAGUCCCCGUCCAAAGUCGUCCGAACGAGGCGACCAUGACUCGGAUGAGACCAUGAAUGCCGAGGCUGACGAGGCGGAGCAGAGACGCAAGUCGGAGGAACGCAAAAAGAAAGAGGAUCCAUUCUAUACUCCCAACCCCGACAUGUUUAUCCGUGGCACUGGCACGGGGAAUGCCCAUCACUAUGAAGCCGGUGGCGAUUUCUUGCACGAUUUGGAUGGCGAUUAUAUUGCUCGCCCCAAACAAGUUCAAGCUGGUGUUCUUUCCUCCCUCUUGAGGUUAUAUCAAAACCCGCGCGAGGCGAAAUCAGCUAGUUCAUUAACCACGGGAAGUUCCAACGAAGAAACCCCCUUCCAAUCUACCGACGACGAGCUAAGCACUUUGGAUGAACAUAAAAAGGCUGCCCAUUUUGCAAAAUUCAAGCACGAGGUCAGAUCAGGGCUCCGCCGCGGGGCCAAGGCCGCCGAAACGGGCGUACACAUGGGAUACGCUGGUGUUCGCGAUGUACAUAAAUUGCCCAAACACAUGUUGUCCAAGGCCAACAAGGCCUACCACCUCCGGGACCGCGAAGGCACCAACGACACACUUUUACCCGAUGUCGAAGAUAGCGAUGAUUCACUCCGGGCGGAAGAAGUGGACAAGUUGGACGGCUCGGGCCAUUUGCCCUCGUUCCACAAUGCCAAGCCCAAGAUGCCCAAGAAGAAAGCCACUGACGCUAGUGGUCGCAUGAAGAAGAAACUCAAGACGAAGCAGCGUGCCGAGCGACUCCGCAUCACGGUCCACAUCGCCGACAUCUUGCAGCGCCAACGGUUCAUCAUGAACAUGUGCCGUGCUCUAAUGCUCUUUGGCGCACCCACGCAUCGGUUGGAAGAGUAUAUGGUGAUGACAAGCCGGGUGUUGGAGAUUGAUGGCCAGUUUAUGUAUUUCCCCGGCUGUAUGCUUGUUUCGUUUGGUGACGCGGCCACGAGAACUUCGGAAGUGCACUUGGUUCGAUGUGCCCAGGGUCUCAAUUUGGGCAAGUUGGCCGAUACUCACAAGAUCUACAAAGCGGUGAUCCACGACUUGAUUGGCGUCGAAGAGGCCUCAAAGAAAUUGGACGAGUUGCUCAAGCAGACAAACAGGUACCCACCUUGGGUAUGCGUGUUGCUAUAUGGAAUCGGCUCGUUGGCAGUCACGCCAUUUGCCUUUGACGGAGGCUGGAUCGACUUGCCCAUCUCUUUUGGGGUCGGGUUAUGCGUGGGAUACUUGCAAUUCUACGCCAGUUCCAAAUCGAAUCUAUACUCGAGUGUGUUUGAAGUUUCCGCGGCCAUCGUGGUGGCCUUCAUCGCGCGAGGCCUAGGCUCGAUCCGCUCGGGCCACUUGUUCUGCUUCAGCGCCAUUGCCCAGGGCUCCUUAGCGCUAAUCUUGCCCGGGUACAUCAUCUUGUGCGGCUCGCUCGAGCUUCAAUCGCGGAACUUGGUCGCUGGCUCAGUGCGGAUGUUCUACGCCAUUAUAUACUCCUUAUUCCUCGGGUUUGGAAUCACGCUCGGGGCCGCAUUAUAUGGAUGGGUCGACCACGGGGCCACGUCGCAGAACUCGUGCGAAAAGCACCACUCGAUGGACGACCGGUUCCGCAUCUUGUUUGUGCCCUUGUUCUCCACGGUGUUGGGGUUAAUCAACCAGGCCAAGUUCCACCAGUUGCCCAUCAUGAUUGUCAUAUCAUGCACGGGUUACAUCGGCACCUAUUUUGCUGGUAAGCAUUUCUCCACCGUCACCGAGUUCACCGCUUGUAUUGGUGCUUUCAUUGUUGGAAUAUUGGGUAACUUGUACUCGCGUAUUUGGAAAGGGAUGGCUGUCUCGGCCAUGUUGCCUGCUAUUUUUGUGCAGGUGCCCUCGGGUAUUGCUAGUAAGAGUACCUUGAUUUCCGGUUUGCAGCAAGCUGAUCAGAUCACUAAUAGGAACGGGACCAGCACCGUUAUUACUGCCGACGACGGAAGCUCGUUGAGUUUUGGUGCUACGAUGGUGGAGGUUAGUAUUGGUAUCAGUGUUGGGUUAUUCGCGGCUGCGUUGGUGGUUUACCCAUUUGGAAAGAAGCGUACAGGGUUGUUUACCUUGUAA